UCAAUACUUCAAAAGAUUUGGAUCUCCUAUCAUUCCUCUAGUAACCAGCUGUUAUUAUUAUUUUAGGCGACUCUGGAAAAAACUAGGAAAAUGAUUCGUGGGGACUUCUUUCUUAUAUUCGUAGUGUUCUGUGUUAGUGGUGUUUUAUCCCAGUAUGACUGCGUUCCCAAAGACGUGCAGAACCUUAUCCUCUACGGAAAUGGCACGCUCUCCUGGACCAAUUCCCCGCAGGAAACCUGCUACAUCACGCACUACCACAUUAACAUCUACCGGGAAGGUCGCGAAACAUACGAUUUGUACGUUGAAAACCGUUUUGUAGACGUAUCCUUCAUCAGCUUUUGCGAAUCCUGGAUUUUCACAGUAUACGCCCUUUCUCAAGAUUUAUCUAGUCCAGGUCACAUCCUCAUAGCUAGGAUGCCUAUGCCGUCAGAAACUGUCCUCAACUUGAGAUCCCUCAGAGUAAGCAGGGUCUCCGGCGUUCUUCAGCUAUCCUGGGAGUUGGAAAACGAACAGUUCAGCAGUUGCGCUGACCGUUACCGUGUGUCGAUAGACGACCAAGACAGCGGCGAAUUGACUGACGUAUACGUCACGGACAACGUCUUAAUCCUGGACUUCGUAUCGCCCUGCGUUGUCUACGAAUUCGGAGUGAGGGCCAUCUUCAACAACAGACCAAGCGAGGAAGGGCCUUUGAUCUCGAUCGAGUACGACUUUCCACCAGUUAAACAGGGCGCACCCGUGCUGUCCUCUUUUACCCCAGGUGUAACGACGUUCUCGACGACGUGGAGCUUGGAAAGCCGCAGCAAGAACAGAUGCCCGAUGGGUUCAUUUUACGUGGACGGCGGUCAGUACUUCAAUUUUACCUUCCGACUAGCAGACACGCCUGAAAGAAGUCCCGUCGUGAUCGAUCUACACUCUUUGGAGCCCGAUAGUUUGUACUUGUUGAAAGUGUCAGUGGAAAAUAGCGGGGGAGUCUCGGAUGCCGCUAUAGUUGGUGUACAGACUCUGGACUACGACCCAGGUGCUGAAUAAAAAGGUCUUACAGAUGAUGAACACCGUGACAAAUGAAAGAAUUAAUAAAUGUUUUAGGAACACGACA